AGAAUGACCUGAUGGACGACAUGCAACUCUCCGGUCUCGAUAUGCUGGACAAGCCUUACGUGUUUCAUUUGGACCAAAACAACCCGCAAUCGUCGCUCCGGCUAUGCGUGAAGAAGUGUCCGCCCCGUGAGCUGUCGAGUCUGGCCGACAUCUACUCGUUCUACACCCGCACCCAAUCCUCUCUGUGCCGAUACGACUACAACUUCACCUCAACCGCCGCCCAACCCCUGGAGCAACAGUUCCAGCGCAACGAUCACCAGAUGAACUCGUUGUCCAGCACCGGGCCCUGUCCUACGCUACCCGUCCACUCGACGAAAGCGAUUCUUUACCGCUGUAUACCGGAGUUGGCGAUACUUCAGGGCCAGGCCUUUGGCCACACCAUCUACGAGUUCAUCAGCUCAUACGUGCCGCUCAAGAAAGUGAUCAACGACUUGAUCAACGCCUACCGCGAGAUCUCCUACUCCGUCACCGUUGCCAUUGUCUUUGCGUUCGUCUCGGCGUUUGUC